GGGACAGCCAGGCAUCUCAGCCCUCCUUCUCAGGCUCUCCUCUCUCCUCUUUAGGUCCUGCUAGCGAGUCAUGAUGGUUGAAUCAGCCUCGGAGACGAUCCGCUCCACGCCCUCGGCGCAGAACGGGGUGAGCAGCCUCAGCAACCAGCCCGAUGGAGGAGGGGGUGGCCCCGGGGGUGGCCCCGGGGGCGGCCGGGACGGAGCUGCCGGUGCCGAGGCCAACGGAGAGAUGAGCCCCGUGGAGCUCCUGCACUUCCAGCAGCAGCAGGCUCUGCAGGUGGCUCGGCAGUUCCUGCUGCAGCAAGCCACGGGGCUCAGCUCCCCCAGCAGCAACGAGGGCAAGCAGCCAGCGGUGCAGGUCCCCGUGUCCGUGGCCAUGAUGUCCCCACAGAUGAUCACACCGCAGCAGAUGCAGCAGAUCCUGUCCCCACCCCAGCUCCAGGCCCUCCUGCAGCAGCAGCAGGCGAUAAUGCUGCAACAGCUGCAGGAAUACUACAAGAAGCAGCAGGAGCAGCUUCACCUGCAGCUGUUGACCCAGCAGCAAGCCGGAAAGCAGCAACCCAAAGAGCCGUUGGGGAACAAGCAGCUGGCCUUCCAGCAGCAGCUCCUGCAGAUGCAGCAGCUGCAGCAGCAGCACCUGUUAAACCUGCAGCGCCAGGGCUUGGUGAGCCUCCCUCCAGGGCAGGGCACGGUGCCCCUGCAGACCCUGCCCCAAGCUGUUUGCCCCUCAGACCUCCAGCAGCUCUGGAAGGAGGUCACAGCCUCCCAGCCCGUCGAGGACAGCAUUAAGCAGGAAGGUCUUGACCUCACCACCAACACCUCCAACUCUACCUCGUUUUCGGCCGCCAAGGUCUCGCCUCCCAUUUCCCAUCACCCUCUGCCCAAUGGACAGAGCACCAUGCACACGCCCAGAAGGGACAGCUCUUCCCACGAAGAGACCCCCGGCUCCCACCCACUCUACGGCCACGGAGAGUGCAAGUGGCCUGGCUGCGAAACCCUCUGUGAGGACUUGGGGCAGUUUGUCAAACACCUCAACACAGAACAUGCACUUGAUGACCGAAGCACGGCCCAGUGUCGAGUCCAGAUGCAAGUGGUACAGCAGCUGGAGAUACAGCUGGCCAAGGAGAGCGAGCGUCUCCAAGCAAUGAUGGCCCAUCUUCACAUGAGACCUUCAGAGCCAAAGCCUUUCAGCCAGCCUCUGAACCUGGUCUCCAGUGCCACCCUGUCCAAGAGCACUUCAGACACGUUUCCUGACGGUUUACCUCAUCCCCCCACCUCGGCCACGGCGCCCAUCACCCCCCUGCGGCAGGGCCCCUCCGUCAUCAGCUCUUCCACUUUACACAACGUGGGGCCCAUCCGCAGGAGGAACUCGGAGAAGUUCUGCACCCCCAUCUCUUCAGAGCUUGCACAGAAUCACGAGUUUUACAAAAACGCCGACGUCCGGCCGCCCUUCACGUACGCCUCGCUCAUCCGGCAGGCCAUCCUGGAGACCCCCGACAGGCAGCUAACGUUGAAUGAGAUCUACAACUGGUUCACGCGGAUGUUCGCCUACUUCCGGAGGAACACGGCCACCUGGAAGAACGCCGUCCGCCACAACCUGAGCCUGCACAAGUGCUUUGUGCGCGUGGAGAACGUCAAGGGCGCCGUGUGGACCGUGGACGAGCACGAGUACCAAAAGCGAAGGCCACCAAAGAUGACAGGGAGUCCCACCUUAGUCAAAAAUAUGAUUUCAGGACUCGGUUAUGGAGCACUUAAUGCAAGUUACCAGGCUGCGCUGGCAGAGAGCAGCUUCCCCCUGCUCAACAGCCCCACCAUGAUCAACACCAGCUCGGCCAGUGCCAUGCUGCACGUGGGCCACGACGACGUCAGCAGCACCGUGGAGCAGGUCAACAGCAACGGCAGCAACAGCCCCCGCCUGUCCCCACAGCAGUACAGCCACCCCGUGCACGUGAAGGAGGAGCCAGCCGAGGCGGAGGACGACAGCAGGCCCGUGUCACUGAUGGCCACCACCAACCAGAAUGUGACGAUCCCCGACGACAGGGACCUGGAGGAGGAGCUGCCGGUGGAAGACUUGUCCUAAGGACUCCUUCCUCCUCCCCCACCGAGGGGAAAACCCUUCCCACCCUCCUGGACGGAGACCAAGCGACGCUCCCACCUCCCCAAGGUGACCUUGGCGUUCUCCUGGUUCUUUCAAGGCACUUCCACAAAGCAAAAGGUUUUCCUUGGGACAAUGACAAUGACAACGGCACCGACCUGUUGCUGCUGGCGUGUCCCUCACGCUGCCACUGCCCGGGGACGGACUGGCCCCGCCACGACACGAGAAGCAAAACCCCAAGAGCUGGACUUUUCCUGCCCUCCUCCCUUGGUUAGUGACUGGUGCACGAGGAUGGCAGGUUGGUUGUUGCUGUCUGAAAUGGUCCCUCCUGCAGGGGAGGCGCCUCUGUCCCCUCUUCCCCCCGCCGUGCCCGAGCCCCGGGGAGCCGUGGCAGGACCCUGCUGUCACCUCUGCGUCCCCGCUGGGUUUUGCACUACAGAGGGAUCGUGGACGCUGCCCUCGUGCUGCCUGCACGCGGCUUCGGGGGAAGGAACAGCAGGAACGGGGCCGAGGGCUCUGCUGGAUGUGGGGUUUGUCACGGAGCUGGGAUGGACACGAAGCAGCGCGGCGGGGGGACGGUGUCCCUUUGUCACCUCUGCCCGGCGAGCAGAGCGAACUCCCAGCUUGCCCUGAGCCCCAGCUGGUGGGGGACUGCUGGUCCCAGCAGUGCUGACCAUCCCCAGCAGUGCUGACCAUCCCCAGCAGUGCUGACCAUCCCCAGCAUUGCUGACCAUCCCCAGCAGUGUUGACCAUCAGUACUGAGGAUCCCCAGCAUUGCUGACCAUCAGUUCUGACCAUUCCCAGCAUUGCUGACCAUCCCCAGCAGUGCUGGCAGUGAGGACACAGCUCCCUCCUUCCUGCUGGGACAUCAGUGCCACCCCCCAGCCGGCAGGGAUGGCCACUGCUCCCAUUUCACUUCAGGGAAAGGCUCCCUGUGCCUCCCGUGCCACCCCCGGAGCUGGGGCAGGGCUGUGCUGGAGCAGAGGGGUCCAUCCCCACCUGCAGGGCACCUGGGGGUCAUCAAAGCUGGCCCUGGAGGAUCCCUGUGGUGGCCAAAUCUGGCCGUGGCCCCUGAGCUGAGCCUGCUGCUGGUGGGGGGAGGAAAUUCUGCUUUUCAUCUUUUCUUUUCCUCAUCCUUUUGUUUGCGUCCAGAUGGGAAGAUACCAAAAGAUUUCUAGAGACAGAAGGUCCGUAGUUCAGGUGAACAGAUGGUAUUCAUGCCAAAAAAAAAAAAAAAAAAAAAAAUCACACACACACAAAAAAAUAAUAACGAGAACAACACAACCAAAUACCCCUCUUCUCCCUGCUCUUUCUUUCUGGGGUGGUGAUG